AUGACAGAGAGACGUUUGGAGCAAACAUCACUAGUUGAUGAGUCUAAAAUCAUUGGUCGGGAAGGGGAGAAAGAAGCAUUGUUGAAGAAGUUGUUGGGAAAGGAAGAAUGUGAUGAAAAUGUGAGCAUAGUGUCGAUAGUUGGUAUGGGUGGAAUAGGCAAAACCACUCUUGCCAAACUUUUAUUCAACGAAGAGAAAGUGAAGGAUCACUUUGAACUCAGGGCAUGGGUUUAUGCUUCUGAAGAGUUGGAUGUAUUUAACAUCAGCAAGGCUAUUUUUGAAGUUGUAGAUGAUGUCUGGAACGAAGACUACAAUAAGUGGGAACUCCUCCAGAGCCCUCUCCUUGUCGGGGCACCUGGAAGCAGAGUUCUUGUCACAACCAGGAGCACCAAGGUUGCAUCGGUGAUGGACUCAGAAGAAGCUUUUGAUCUGGAGGUUUUGUCAAAUGAGGAUGCUCUAUCAUUAUUUGCUAAACACGCGUUAGGUGAGAAAAACUUUGACAAACAUCCGACACUUAAGUUGCUGGGGGAAGGUAUAGUGAAGAAAUGUGGUAGACUGCCUUUGGCUUUGAAAACACUUGGGAGGGUCUUGAAGGGAAAUAGGAAUGUUGAUGAAUGGGAGAAGUUGUUGAACACUGAGAUAUGGAAUAUAAAUGAUGGAAGUGAGAUUCUUCCAGUUCUAAGACUAAGCUAUUAUCAUCUCCCUUCAUAUUUGAAGCUAUUGUUUGCAUAUUGCUCCUUAUUUCCUAAGGACUAUGAGUUUCAGAAGAACGAUUUAAUCCUACUGUGGAUGGCAGAAGGAUUUUUUUCCCAAUCAGAUGACAACAAAUCAAUGGAGAGCUUGGGUAGUCAGUAUUUUGAAGAGCUCAAGUUACGAUCGGAUGGGAUGAACAUAUCCAAAAGGAAUGAAAAUUUUGAGAAGUUCGGUUACAUUUCACUUGUAGCUCCAAAAUGGAAAUCAUACAUAAAGCUUAAGGAAUUACAAAGAGCGAAGCGCUUGCAAACGUUCUUGCCAUCAUCAAGUUCUCAAAUCGACAGUGUUGUAGUUAAAUCGCUUCUCGAACUACAGUUCCUAAGGGUACUAAGGCUAAGUGGACCGGGAAUCACACAAGUACCACAAUCUAUUGGCAGUCUCAAGCAUCUACGGUAUCUUAAAUUUUCUUUUACUGAUAUCAGAUGUUUGCCCGAACAAGUUAGUGACCUUUAUAAUCUACAAAGCUUAUUGAUUCGUGGUUGUCAUGAGUUAUCGGACUUACCAAAAAGUUUUGCAAAGUUGAUAAACCUUCGACAUCUUGACAUAGAUGAUACUCCAAGUCUGAACAAGAUGCCCUUAGGGAUUGGUGGUUUGACAAAUCUACAAACUCUAUCCAAGGUUAUAGUUGAAGAAGCUAACGGGUUCAAAAUAACCGAUCUUAAGGGCCUAUCGGAUCUUCAAGGUGAACUUUCCAUUAUCGGGCUCGACAAAUUGAUAGAUCCAAUACAAGCAAAGAAUGCCAACUUAGAUCAAAAGAAGGGUCUUGAAGUUUUGGAGAUGAGAUGGAGUAAUGUGUUUGAUGAUUCUCGGAAUGAGAUGAUUGAAUAUGAAGUACUCAAAGAACUAAUACCUCAUCCUAAGUUAAAAGUCCUCAAGAUUUCGAAUAACAAGGGAACACAAUUUCCUAGUUGGGUGGGUGAUCCCACCUUUGAUCAGUUAACAGAGCUUAUGUUACGGGGAUGUAAAAGUACACACUUACCAACACUUGGAAAUCUACGGUCUCUAAAGAAACUGGUGAUCAGUUCUUGUCAUUUAAUAACAUCAUUCUCUCUUUCCGAGAAGAUUAUGGGUGAUAGUGAUUGUGGUAACUUACAACCAAAACUCAUUCCAGCAAAUGAUUUCGGUUUUCUCCCGAUGCCGCUCGCCUAA